AUGGCCGAAUCUGUCCUCUUCCACACAUCCACUUUGUCCAUUUUCUACGACCCCGCAGCCGCCAGUUCUGUGGAGAUGUUGACGACAACCAUCGAGUCCAUUCUCUGCCGGCCUGCCUUCGAAGGGAGUUCACCGGCUACCAACAGUCCAGUGCUUGGGAUCCCGCGCAGCAUUUAUUGGCUGAUCCUCGACAUCUCAAGGCUGUGUCGCAAGCACCCCAGGACUACAGAAGACAUUCGGGAACUGAGAAGACUGGAUCGUGGACUUCGGACGUGGGAAAAUGCAUUACGCGCUUCCAACAGUAUGCAGUCAGAUGAAACGCAUUUCGACGGGAUGGCAUCCCUCUAUAUUUACUGCGCCCGUCUACUGUUGACGUGGAUCGAUGCGGCAGAUGAGGCUGUCCCAAGCAACCAAGAGCCGGUGUGGAAAUGUCUGCAAGAAGUGAUUGCCAAUCUUCGCCACACAGAUGAGUCGAUGGGAGUUGCACGUCGCUUCCUUCUGCGAUGGCCCCUUUUGAUCUUAGGUCAUGCCGUCACCAAUGAAGAUGAGAUAAAUCUACUGGAAGAGGUCUUGAAGAACAUAUGGGAGACAUCCAAAUGGGGGGACGUAAAAAUGACGUGGCAAAAGGUCAAGGGUAUGUGGCGCCACCAACAUGGCAUCAAUCUAUCGAAACGCCAGAGACUGCAUUUACUUCUGCAGACGAGUCUUUGA